AUGGGGAGAAUAAUAGCAAGAUCUCUGACUGUUCUGCUACCCCUGUCUCAAUUGACUGCGGCUCUGACCGUCCAGCCAGAAGCAGCAGCCAGGGUCUCAGUUGAGACUUUGACAUCUACCUAUACCGACACAGUGACCAGAACAAUCACCAGUCUUUCAGCUUCAACCACCACUACCACCUGUGCUACCCAGUCGUAUGCGGACCCAUUCUGUACCUUGGACGGUGCUUGGUCUCUCGUCGGCAACUGGUUCCAACAAUGGUGUUCGGGCGUCUCUCUAGAGGGAGGGACGACUGUCACCUCGGCAAACUACGCAUCAUUAUAUGAAUGCGAGCUGAUAUGCUGGCAAUUAAGUACUGAGUGUAACGGCGUCAAUUACAAUACGGCGAUCCGUGCUUGCUACCUCCUAACUGGCUCGCUCACUGCUACUUCUGCUGCCUCUUACAGGGCGGCGAUGCGCUUCACCACCAAUCCUUGCACAGUUACCGAGACUUCUAUAUCGACGGGCCUUAUGACGCAAACAUCCACCAUCGUGUCUGUUGUGACAUACACGUCAACUAUCACUAUGCCGGAUAUAUUAUCUACUCAGACUGGCUCUGUGUCAGUUAUGCCAACUUCCACAAGUUAUGCCAACUUCCACAUCUCCAGUCGCAGUAUCCAGUUCUAUCCCCGCAAUUUCCAGCACUCGGGUCACCUCCCUGGGAACCACUACUCCCUCUUGUCGUUGGCCUCUGUGUCUGCAUCUAUCGUUGACUCUUCAUCUUUCACGACCUCGGAAAAGUCAUCCAUGCCGAACCAGCCAUCCGCUGCCGCAAGUUCCUCCAUCGCUAUACAGCUCAGCAGCUCACAUUCGCCUUCAUCCAGCGAUACUUUAACAUUAACUCCGAGUUCAAGACUUGCGAUGUCUACUACCUCGCGUCCUGCAAUCACAUCAAGUUCGGCUUUAUCUUUACAUCCAAGCCCUUGGGUAUCCCUGCAAUCAUCAAGCCAAAACAUAGCAUCCACCACAUCUAUCCACGCAUCGUCGAGUCCGGAGUCAACCAAACUUCCUCAGGCAUCUACAUCGGUACCAUAUAUGCCUUCAUUCACGAACCAAAGCACCAAUCUACCGAGCCAUUUAACCCCUCCGCAGCCCGCUAUUAGUACCUACAACAGCAGCCUUCCGGAGUCUGCUUCCUCACACGGAGGACACUCUACCACUUUCACAAUCCUUACCACCCAAGUCCACACUGUCACUUCCUGUCCAGAUCAAGUGACCGACUGUCCUAAUACGGAUAAAACUACAUUCCUCACUACCGAGACCAUCACCGUGGGCACUACAAUCUAUCCCGUCACUGCUGUCAUGGCCUCUCCAACGAUUUUGCAGCCUGCAGAGGAUGUGUAUACUGAGGUUUCGACGGUGUAUUUCACGAACAUCGUGACAAUCAGUGCUUGUUAG